GUGUUUGGGUUUUCCAAUACCCAACCUUCUCAACAUCUUGGAAUCACAAUUUUCACAAUAAAUGUCACUUAAAUUUGAUGCUUCAAUUUUAUAUAUCCAGGGUAUGUAAAUCAGAGAAGAGCACUACUGAGCAUCCAGAUUUUUGGUCAACGACGGUGAUUAAAAUACUUACAACUGCGGCUGAUGAUUCUUCUUCAUGGGAUAAUCUACACAAGGAAAGUGUUCGAGCUUACUUUGAUUUAGUAAUGCAUGAAGUAUGGGAAUGUAAGAAUCAUGAGCAGGAAACAGUAUUCUUCAGAGUAGUGAAUACGUUCAUAACAGUGAAAAAAGUAUACCUUUUCUACUAUGAUGGUGUGACAUUCAAAAGAGAAUCACUUCCUGAUGGAAAAACUGUACUACUGCACAUAAUAGAAGAAACAUUCUAUGAAUCUAAGGAUGAUGAAAUUUCCAAGAAAUAUGGUGAGAAAAGCCUUUAUUUCAACCUCUAUCAUAAAGACUAGGCUAUCAAUAACGAUAAGACUUAUUCUAUAAAAAACAGUAUUCUCCAGAGUAGUGAAUACGUUUAUAACAGUGAAAAAGUAUACAAUUUUAUACAGUGAUGAAAUUUAUCUAUGCACAAAUGGGUCUACUUUCUAUUCAUAUAAAUUUAUGCAAUUUUACGGGUAGU